AACGUGACUUUGCCUUUAUAAUUUUGUUCUGCGGGGAAAAAAAUAUCAAGAUGUUCAUCAGUGCCGCAUCCUCCUCAAAUGAUUGGAGUGGAUUCACUCUGAUUUUGCCAGCUGUAUCCGUUGGCAACGUUGCCCAGCUGGCCUCGGAUCUUCUCAUCUCGACGCUGGAACUCACCAAGGCAGGUUACUUGCACGAUGCCAGUAUCCUGCCGUUGUGUGGCAAUGAUCCGUUUGGGAGGUCGGGUGUGACUGAAGGACGUUUGGUCACCAGCGCCGAAGUUUACGAAUCAAAGCAGAGGAAACUUGUGGUGGUUCAGCAACGGACACCGUUGGUCAAGGGGAAACAAGCCGACUUCAGAAGAAAGCUCCUGGCUUGGAUAAAAGACGCCAAAUUCUCCCGCGUUAUUCUACUGACAAGCAGCCAAUCACACGAGAGAACAGAUGCGCAGUUGACGGGGAGUCAGUUUAGGUAUCUGACCACCCCCAAGCUCGACGACCAACUUGGUACAGUCCUUUCAGAACAGCUCCACUGGAAGAGGUUAGAAAAGAGAGAGAACCAGUGGGCUCCACCACUGGCCAAUGAAGAGGGGAGGCCAGAGUGCGCGAGGGGCAUUUACAUCCCAGGAGGGGGAAUCGCAAAGAAAUUCUUCGAUGAUUGUUGCACACAAGACAUUCCACUUGCCAUACUUCUGUUGUUCUGCUCGGAAGGUGACAAUAUUCCAGACGCCCUUUCGAUGGUCACUCAUCUGAACCACUGGCAGCAAUUGAUCCAGGAACCAGAAAGCACUCAGUCAGAAGGUCGUAGUCCGUGGAGAAUUCCCAGCUCAUGGAGUAUGUUAUAUGGACCCCAGUUUGAUCCGUCAAUCUACUAGAACAAAUGAUACUCACGAGUCAUCAUUGGACUUGCUGUAGACUUUGAAACGCAAGAAGAGAAACAGCCACCAGUUGGUUCAGUACACCGACAUCGGUUCGUUUGUGGCAUGACAAGAAUGAAACAUUUAGGACUAGUUAAUUCAGGCGAUUCACAAUGCAGUGCGCCACCAAGAGUUUGCCAUGGAGAGUCCAUUUUUCAGGUUUACAGUC